AUGUUGUCGGCAAUGGCACCAUCAGCUCCCACAAUCAGACUCGGUAGUAGGAGCUUAAUAUUCUCACUCUUCUUCCUCCUCCCACUGUUGAUAUCAACACUUUGCUCAAAUGCAAAUGAAAAUGGCGACGCAGGCUCUGCUGUUUCUAUUUGUAUCGUCGGCAGCGGCAUUGGUGGGUCCUCUGUGGCCCACUUCCUCCGCCGCUACUCUCCCCCUAAUCUCGACUUCACCAUUCGGAUCUUCGAGCGAAACGGCGUCGUUGGGGGUCGCAUGGCCAUUGUCAACGUCUCCGGCCAGACCUUCGAGGCCGGCGCCUCCAUUCUCCACCCGAGGAACUUGCACGCCUUGAGCUACACGAAGCUCCUCAACCUCACCAUCAGCACCCCUCCCGAUUCCGAGUCCUCUUCUGGUUUUGCAAUUUGGGAUGGCCACAAGUUUAUAUUCAAGACUCUCAGCUUCAAAUCCAAGCUUCCCUUUGCUCAGAAGAUUGUUUCUCUUGCUAAUUCACUCAUCAUGCUCCUCAGAUAUGGCUUCUCCCUUGUCAGGAUGGAGAGAUUUGUUGAGAGUGCUGUGAAUAACUUCUGCAAGUAUUAUGAAGGCUUUGAGACAAGACCUGUUUUUGAGACAGUGGAUGAGAUGCUUCAGUGGGCUGGUUUGUACAAUCUCACCACAAGGACUUUGGCUAUGGAAUUGGCUGAUGCUGGCUUGUCUCCCUUAUUGAUACAAGAGCUUGUCACUGUCAUCACAAGAAUCAAUUAUGGCCAAAGUGUCAAUAUGAGUGGACUUGCUGGUGCAGUUUCAUUGGCAGGAUCUGGUGGAGGAUUGUGGUCUAUUAAAGGAGGGAACUGGCAGAUGGCUGCCGGAUUGAUUGAUCAUUCAGAGGUUGAAUUGCACCUUCAUGAAGAGAUAGAAUCUAUCUCUUCAAAGGGAGAAUAUUAUGAACUUAAUUCCACCCAGAGAAAGAGUUAUACAUGUGACGUUGCAGUGGUUGCUACACCUUUAGAUGAGUCGAGUGUUCAGUUUACUCCUCCAAUCUCAAUCCCUAAGAGAGAGUUGCAACACACACAUGCAACUUUUGUUAGGGGCCUCUUAAAUCCUGUAUAUUUUGGCCUGAAUUCUGUGGCAGAAAUCCCAGAACUGGUUGGCACAAUUGAGGAUCCUGAUCUUCCAUUCUCAAGUAUCUCGGUUCUGAAGCAACAUAAUGAGAAUGAUUUCACUUACAAGAUAUUCUCUCGUAAACCAAUGGCGGAUGCAACUCUUGAUAGUAUCUUCAGUGUGCGGACGGAGACAAUUCGAAUAAAUUGGGGUGCAUACCCCCAUUACACUGCUCCUGAAGUGUUUGCACCAUUUAUUUUGGAUGGUCAGCAUUUGUACUAUGUAAAUGCUUUUGAGAAUGCAGCAAGUACAAUGGAGACGAGCACUACCGCAGCUGAGAAUGUUGCAAGACUCAUCCUGUCAAGAUUUUUCACCAGUGAACCUAUAAGUUUGGCAAACUUGAGCUCCAGCUCCGAUGGAGGGGUUCGCCAUGUAGAUCUGUGA